AUGCCUCGUAAAGCAAUUGACUCCCGGAUUCCCGCCCUGAUUCGAAAUGGCAUCCAGGAAAAGAAGCGCAGUUUCAUCGUCGUGGUCGGCGAUCGCGCAAAGGAUGUCAUUGUCCACCUCCACUAUAUCAUGUCCAGUGUCGAUGUCAAGCAAAACAAGUCGGUCUUAUGGGCAUACAAGAAGGACUUACUAGGUUUUACUAGCCAUCGAAAGAAACGUGAGACCAAGAUCAAAAAGGAGAUCAAGCGAGGCAUUCGAGAUGCCAAUACCGAAGACCCUUUCGAACUCUUCGUUACAUUGCACAACAUCCGAUAUGUCUACUACAAAGAGACGGAAAAGAUUCUAGGAAACACAUAUGGAAUGUGUAUAUUGCAGGACUUCGAGGCCAUUACCCCGAACCUACUUGCCCGAACCGUCGAAACAGUCGAGGGCGGUGGCCUUGUUCUGCUCCUCUUGAAGGGAAUGAAAAGCUUGAAGCAACUCUUCACAAUGUCCAUGGAUGUACAUUCGAGAUAUCGUACCGAGGCCCAUGACGAUGUGGUGGCCAGAUUCAACGAGAGAUUCAUCCUUUCACUAGGUUCUUGCGAAUCGUGUCUUGUAGUUGAUGAUGAACUCAAUGUCCUCCCCAUCUCUGGUGGAAAAAACGUUCAAGCACUCCCUCCACCCACUACAGACUCCGAAAACACAUUGCCAAAGAAGAAGGAGCUGAAAGAAAUAAAGGACAGUCUAGCAGACAGCCAACCCAUAGGAUCCCUCGUCACCUUGGCAAAGACCGUGGAUCAGGCGAAAGCAUUACUCACAUUCGCCGAUGCGAUCUCAGAAAAGACAUUGCGAAGCACUGUCACACUGACCGCUGCUCGAGGAAGAGGCAAGUCCGCAGCACUAGGUGUUGCGGUGGCCGCUGCGGUAGCACAUGGGUACAGUAAUAUCUUCAUUACAUCUCCCAGCCCCGAAAACUUGAAAACCCUUUUCGAGUUUGUCAUAAGAGGGUUUGAUGCUUUGGAAUAUAUGGAUCACGUCGACUACACAAUAUUGCAGUCAACAAAUCCAGAUUAUAACAAGGCAAUUGUAAGGAUCAAUGUGCACCGACAACACCGACAAACUAUUCAAUACAUACAACCACAAGAUGCCAAUGUUCUUGGUCAAGCUGAAUUGGUGGUAAUUGAUGAAGCCGCUGCCAUUCCACUGCCUCUGGUAAGAAAGCUCAUGGGACCAUAUCUAGUCUUCAUGGCCUCGACCAUCAAUGGCUAUGAAGGCACCGGUCGGUCCUUGUCACUCAAGCUCGUACAACAGCUACGCGAGCAGUCGAGGGGUACUGCAAGAUCUAAUGGGGAUGAUGUUGAGAUCGCCGACAAGUCGACCGGGAAGGCAGCGAAAGAUGGUCAAAAAGCCUAUACAGGCGGACGUUCGCUGCGAGAGAUCACACUCUCAGAACCCAUUCGUUACGCUCCAGGCGACGGAGUUGAAAAGUGGUUGAACAAACUCCUUUGCUUGGACGCCACGCUACCGAAAUCCAAAAUGAACACUCAGGGUACACCACAUCCCUCAACGUGCGAGUUGGUCCAUGUCAAUCGCGACACCUUGUUCUCCUUCCACCCCGUGUCAGAAAAGUUCCUUCAGCAAAUGAUGGCUUUAUAUGUGGCAUCCCACUACAAAAACUCCCCCAAUGACCUGCAGCUCAUGUCUGAUGCUCCCGCUCACCAGCUAUUUGUCCUGAUCCCUCCAAUUCCUGAAGAUGCGAACAAACUCCCAGAGCCACUUUGUGUCCUUCAAGUGACACUGGAGGGACGAAUUAGCAAACAAUCGGUCAUGAAUAGCUUGUCGCGUGGCCAGAGAGCAGGCGGUGAUCUCAUUCCCUGGCUGGUCAGCCAACAAUUUCAAGACUCCGAGUUCGCUGGAUUGUCAGGUAGUCGUGUGGUUCGAAUAGCCACGAACCCUGAGUAUCUCAACAUGGGCUACGGCUCACGAGCUCUUCAACUACUCACAGAUUUCUAUGAAGGUAAAUUUACCUCAUUAGCAGAAACUGAUGAUUCUUUGAUCCAAGACACAGAGCAUAUGCCCCGCGUUACUGAUGCCGAACUGGAGCAAUCCGACUUACUUGAUGAUAACAUCAAAGUUCGUGACAUUCAGCAGAUGCCACCCUUGUUCAGCAAAUUGUCCGAACGCAAACCUGAUCGACUCGACUACAUUGGCGUCUCCUAUGGUUUGACACAACCACUACACAAAUUUUGGAAGCGCUCAUCCUUCACGCCCGUAUACCUCAGACAGACCCCGAACGAACUCACGGGCGAGCACUCGUGCGUAAUGCUGCGGCCUCUUUCGAGCAGCACCGCAAACGAUAGCUCAUGGCUAAGUGCCUACGCUCAAGACUUCCACAAACGAUUCCUGACUCUCUUAUCCUAUCAAUUCCGCACCUUCACGGCUGUUCAAUCUCUCUCAAUCUCAGAAUCUGCAUCCCGCGGCACAAAGCCUAGUGUUGCAGCAUCACAAGAAACCUCCUCCUUGCAAGCGCCACCCCUCACCAAAGCACACCUUGAUGGACUCUUCUCUCCCUUCGACCUCGCCCGUCUUGACUCCUACGCCAACAACAUGCUCGACUACCACGUCAUCCUCGACCUCCUUCCGUCAAUCGCCAUGCUCUAUUUCACCGGCCCUCUAAAGCAGGCGCCUUGUAACGUCUCAUUGUCCGGCGUUCAACAGAGUAUCCUGCUCGCGAUCGGCCUUCAACGCAAAAACCUGAACGACGUUGAAAAGGAGCUGAAUCUGCCCAACAAUCAGCUACUAGCCAUGUUCGUUAAAGUCCUCCGCAAAGUCAGCACUGCAUUCCGUGCCGUUGUCUCUGGCGCUGUCGAGGCAGAGCUACCGGAGAGGAAGAACCACAGCCAGCUUUUGAACGGUGUUGAUCCUCAGAGCAAAGCUAUCGAACCACAAGUCACAGCCCGUGUGGCCGCAGCCGUGCCGAUCCUGCCUCAACCAGCCCAAGCAAUCGAUGACGAGGCCGAGCAAGAAAUCGACCCAGCAGUCAGAGAGAAACAGAAGGCACUGAUCGACGCUCUACCACUCGACAGGUAA